GAAAGAAAAAAACCAAAUUAAUUUUCUCUCUCCUCCAACUCGCAUCUGCUAUUCAUAUGUUCAUCCCCGUCUUCGCCCCCUCUUAAAACCCUCUAACACAACCACCAUUCUCUAGUUAUAUCACCGCCUCUCGUCGGCGGCGCAACCUCUAGGUCGGCGUUUUGGAAUUUCAAUCCCGGGAGCUCUUCUUCUCUGCCGCUGCUAUUCUCGGUGUUGACGAUAGUUUGUAAGUGGUGAGUUCCCGGGGCCCUAAUUUUCGUGAAAUAAUAUAGUUGAUUUGUUGUUGAAUUGAUUGGUAGUACCUAACUACCUAUGGGGGAAUCAGAGGAUGUGAAAUCGAAGUCGAGGAAGGAAGAUUCUGAGACAAAAGAGGAGUCGAAACGGAGUCGUGUGCGUGAACAUGAUAAGGAAAGGGAUAAGGAUAAGGGAAGGAAUGGGGAAAAGGAGAGGAGGAGAGACAGGGAGAAAGAGAGGGAUAGGGAGAGUAGGCGGUCUGAGAGAGAUAGGAGUGUUGAUGAUAAGCAUAGGGAGCGGGAAAGAGAGCGAGAUAAAGGGAAGCACAGGGAUAAACACAGGGAUAGGGAUAGGGAGAAGGAGCGGAAAAAAGACCAGAAGGAUAGGGAUGGGGAUAGAGAAGAUAAAGAGAAAGAGAGGGACAAGGAGAAGGCAAAGGAAAAGGAAAGAGAACGAGAGGAAAGAGAAAGGGAGCGGGAGAAAGAAAGGGAAAGGGAAAGGGAAAGGGAGAGGGAGAGGGAGAAAGAACGGGAAAAAGAGAGGGAGAGAGAAAGGGAACGGGAACGGGAGAGGGAGCGCAGGGAAAGAGAGAGGGAGAGAGAAAGAGAACGCGAGAGGAGAGAACGAGAAAAGGAGAGGGAGAGGGCAGAAAGAGAUAAGGAGAAGGAGAAGGAGAGGGAGAGGGAGAGGAGGCGUCGUGAAGCAGCAAGUGAUGACAGUGGUGAUGAGAGGAAGGACAGAGAUAGGAAACGGCGAAGGAGAGAUGAUGAGAACAAGGAGAGAGAGCGAGAAAGGAGCAAAUCAAGAGAUCGAGAAAAGAGCAGAUCACAUAAGCACCGAAGUGGUAGUGUGGACAGCCAGAAGAAGAAGGGUGAUGAUGAGCCUGACAGAAGUCAGGAGAUAAUGGAGAGAAAGGAACAAGACAUGGAAGAGGAACAAAGGAGAUUGGAUGAUGAGAUGGAAAAACGGAGGAGGAGAGUUCAGGAAUGGCAGGAAUUGAAAAGGAAAAAGGAAGAAGAUGAAAGAAAGCAGCUUGGGGACGCAAAUGAUGAAGAACCUAAAGCAGGUAAGAACUGGACAUUAGAAGGCGAAUCGGAUGAUGAAGAAGCUGCUACAGAGGGGCAAUCAGAUGCAGAUAUGGAUGUCGAUAGAGAUUUUAAACCGCCAACUGAAGCUGGAGACCCCAUGGCUAUUGAUGUUGAGAAUGAGAAUAAGCUUGAGAAUGUGUUACCUAAUGGGGGUGCUGAUGUACCUGAAGAAGAUGAUAUUGAUCCUCUGGAUGCUUUUAUGAACUCUAUGGUGUUGCCUGAAGUAGAGAAGCUGAGUAGUUCUGUGCUUGAUACAGAGAAUGCUGAACUGAAUGGCAAGGAGGAAAUUGUUGAACAAAGCAAUGUUGAGGUCUCUAAGAAAGCACCAAAAAAGUAUCUUGGAAGAAUAAUGCCUGAAGAGGAUUCUGACCCUGAUUAUGAGGAUCAAGAAGAUGGUGGAACAAACUUAGAGGAUGAAGAUGAUGAUGAGUUUGUGAAAAGGGUGAAGAAGACUAAAGCUGAGAAACUAGCCCUGGUUGAUCAUUCGAAGAUUGAUUAUAUAGACGUCAGAAAGAAUUUUUACAUUGAAGUAAAGGAUAUUGCAAGGAUGGCUCUUGAGGAUGUUGAUUCUUACAGGACGGAGCUGGAGCUGAAAGUUCAUGGAAAAGAUGUUCCAAAGCCAAUCAAAACCUGGCACCAAACUGGGCUGACAACAAAAAUUUUGGAGGUGAUUAGAAAGAUGAACUUUGAGAAGCCAAUGCCAAUCCAAGCUCAGGCUUUGCCUGUAAUUAUGAGUGGUCGAGAUUGCAUUGGUAUUGCAAAAACUGGUUCGGGAAAGACCUUGGCUUUCGUGUUGCCUAUGUUGAGACAUAUAAAAGAUCAGCCACCUUUGAUGUCUGGAGAUGGUCCAAUAGGACUUAUUAUGGCCCCUACAAGAGAGCUGGUCCAGCAAAUUCACAAUGAUAUUAAGAAGUUUGCCAAAGUAAUGAAUUUGACCUCUGUUCCUGUAUAUGGUGGCUCUGGUGUUGCGCAGCAAAUAGGUGAUCUGAAGAAGGGAGCGGAGAUUGUUGUAUGUACCCCUGGUAGAAUGAUAGAUAUACUGUGUACAAGUAGUGGGAAAAUCACGAAUCUUAGAAGAGUCACUUUUUUGGUAAUGGAUGAAGCUGACAGGAUGUUUGAUAUGGGUUUUGAACCUCAGAUAACGAGAAUUGUCCAGAAUAUAAGACCGGACCGUCAAACUGUUUUAUUUUCCGCCACCUUUCCUCGUCAGGUUGAGGUUUUGGCAAAGAAAGUCCUGAAUAAACCGGUGGAAAUCCAGGUUGGUGGGAGGAGUGUUGUCAACAGCGACAUAACUCAAAUGGUAGAAAUGAGGCCUGAAAAUGAAAGGUUUCUUAGACUACUGGAACUACUUGGGGAGUGGUACGAAAAGGGGAAGAUUCUGGUGUUUGUCCAAUCUCAAGAUAAAUGUGAUGCCUUGUUCCGGGAUUUACUUAAGAGUGGUUAUCCCUGUCUUUCUCUUCACGGGGGAAAAGAUCAGGGGGACCGUGAAUCCACCCUCGCUGAUUUUAAGAGUAAUGUUUGCAACUUGUUGAUAGCUACCAGCAUUGCUGCUAGGGGUCUGGAUGUGAAAGAUCUCGAGCUAGUUCUUAAUUAUGAUGCCCCUAAUCACUAUGAAGAUUAUGUUCAUCGAGUUGGCAGGACAGGUCGUGCUGGACGCAAGGGGCAUGCUAUUACUUUUAUCUCUGAAGAUGAAGCAAAAUAUGCUCCUGAUCUAGUAAAAGCAUUGGAACUCUCAGAGCAGCCUGUACCACAGGAUCUGAAAUUACUUGCUGAUGGGUUCGCGGUAAAGGUGAAAGAGGGUCUUGAGCAAGCUCAUGGAACUGGUUUUGGUGGAAGUGGGUUCAAGUUUGAUGAGCAAGAGGAUGAAGCACGGAAAGCUGCAAAGAAAGCACAGGCUAAAGAGUAUGGAUUUGAGUUUGACAAGUCGGAUUCAGAGGAUGAGGAUGAUGAAGUCCGCAAGAGGUCAGAUGUUACUGUACCAACCCCUGUUCUUGGUGGGCAAGGGCAACCAGAUACCACAGGGCAUAAUGUCUCAGGGCAAGGCACAAUUGGCUCAGUUCCUGGCUCUAUUCUGUCGUCUAUUAACUCAUCAGAUAAUCCCGCUUUGGCAGUUGCGGUUGCUGCAGCAAUGAAGUUACAACAGAACUUAGCCAAGCUGCAACAAGAUGCAAUGCCUGAGCAUUAUGAGGCGGAACUCGAGAUCAAUGAUUUCCCACAGAACGCUCGAUGGAAGGUGACCCAUAAGGAGACUUUGGGUCCUAUUUCUGAUUGGACUGGAGCUGCCAUUACAACUAGGGGCCAGUAUUAUCCUCCUGGAAAGAUUGCUGGUCCUAAUGAACGCAAACUUUAUCUGUUCAUCGAGGGACGUUCAGAGCAUUCAGUCAAGACAGCUAAAGCGGAACUGAAGAGAGUUUUGGAGGAUAUCACUUCACAAGCCAUCUCUCUUCCAGGUGGUGCCCAACCAGGCAGGUAUUCUAUUCUCUGAUAAACCAGAGUCCUACUUGUACUGCUCUCAUGGUAGUACAUUGGUCUUCUUGAGAUUGGAAUCACUAUUUGAUGCUGCUGCUGUACCAUCCUUUUACUUCAAUUUACUUUGCUGACAUUUUGCUUAAUUUUUGUAACAUCAAAUCUGGUAGCGGUUUCUUUGAUGCUUCUGUUGUGAUGGUCUAACCUUGGUAUACUAUUCAUCUUGAUAUCUGAAUUGUGCUUGUGACAAGUAGAAAUACAUAGAAAUGUGUGUCAGAUUAGGGGCAUAAAGAUAUUCAUGUGCAGAUGAAGCUACCAAGAUGUUCUCCAUUUUAUGUUGUUUUCCUGGACUUAUGUUUGUAGUUCACUAAUUUGACUAAACAGUUCAGCAUUUGAAUAUUUUUCUUUGAUCUCUGGUAGUCCGUGCUUCUUUUGAUCGAUUUUUUUUCUUUUUUUUUUCCUCGCUUUCAUCUUUGCCUUGAGCUCGAGGGAGGAUCAGAGGAGACGUCUGCCUUUUGUCGGGGGUGGCUUCUUUUGUGUUUGCGUGGCUUCUGGAGGCUUCUUGAAAGCAAAUUGGUCAAAAGUUCGGAAAAUCAGAAGCACUUUCAUGUCUAUGCUUAAAAGGCUCCCUCCCCCAGAAGUAUCUUUAUAUUCCUAUUACAUUGUAUGCAAAACAUACUAGGAUUAGUUAGGUUGUGAGUUUCUGAUCAAGGUGAAAUUCAGAUUCUGAUUUGUUUUCUGCUCAUAUGUUAUGAACCUCUUGGUUA